AUGUGGAGCGUGUGCCGUGGUUGGCUUCACGCACGACGAAUACGAUAUGCAAAUAUUUGCCCAAGUACUGUGCACCCCAACACUGAUUUGCCGUACAUCAUGCGCAAUGGCAAUGCGGAGACUUUUUGUCGAUCGCUUACAUCGAUUCGUGAAGCCAUAAAGCUCCGGCGUCUUUCCGCCAAGGUUCCCGGGCUUUUCGGCAUGCACGCUCUCCAGCUUAUUACAAGCUGCAUACUCCGCGAAUUGAGUCAGCUUGUUCGCCUUGUGAAUCCGAUAGAUUCUGGAAAUUAUCGCCUCUUUGAUGUCCAUUGGUCAUACAGAUUCCAGCAAGCAAAGUCGCUGCAACGAUAAGCGAAAGCAUUGGUCAUCUGCGCCAUCAUGUCUGCCCCAACACUACCUUUUUCACAGAUGUCUGUGCAAGAUAUCCUUGCCCUUGCCAAACCAGAUCCAGAAUACGAAGAGAUCAGGAGAUUCUGGCCACCCUCGAGCAUUGACACCUUAGAGCAAGAUGUUGCGAUCUCGAGACUUCGCAUGUUCACGUCUCUGACUGAGGAAAUGGAUGAGCUAGAUCCAUUGGUUACGGAGACAGAUCUCUAUGCGACUGGGCGGGAUGGAAACAAGAUUCGAAUUCGCAUUUGGCGCAUGAAGGAUGGCCUACAGCAGGAGGCGGAACCUUCACUAAUAGUCCUCUACCACGGCGGCGGAUUCGCUAUGGGAAGUCCAACACAGAUGUCACAAAUCGCAAGGGUACUCGUGAAGCAGUUCCACGCAGUAGUCGCUGCUCCGGCCUACCGCCUUGCUCCAGAAUAUCCAUUUCCCUGCGGGAUCAAUGAUUGCUGGGACAGUCUAAAGUGGAUUGCUAAGAACGCACUUGGAGAACUAAAAGCUCAUCCACGUACAAGUUUCAUCAUCGGCGGUUUCUCUGCUGGCGCGACGAUCUCAGUAGUGUUAAGCCAUCUCGCGCGCGACGAAAAGCUCGAGCCUCCGUUGACCGGCCUCUGGAAUAGUUGCGGUUCUUGUCGACUGAUUGAUGGCCACAAACUCGGCGACGAGUACGACAUGAGGCUCCUGAGUCGGAACCAGGAAGAAGUGCGCAGCGAUCCUUUGCUCUCUGCAGACAUGCAAAAGCUUUUCUUGCAAUGUCUUAAACCCGAUACUACAUCCGAAUUAUACGCGCCGAUGGUUUGGCCGACAGAAGACAACCACAAGCACCUGCCGCCAACAUACUUCCAAAUCUGCGGGCUGGAUGCCAGCCGUGAUGAAAGCUUUCUAUUCAACGAGCUUUUGGAGAAAGACGGGAUCGCUACGAAAGUUCAUCUCUAUCCCGGGCUACCGCAUUGCUUUUAUUUGACGCUACCAGAUUUGAAAGCCUCGCGACAAUGGCCCAUGGACACGAUUGAAGGCUUCAGAUGGCUUCUCAAAGUAUGAUGUUUUUGCGCUACGACCGUGGCAGUUCGCUCAACCUUAGGUUCGAUGAACGCCGAUCAGGGUUUAUCGGGAUGUACUUCCGUAGCGUUUCCUCAAAGACCGACAUUUUCACUCUGUACAUUUCUUCAGUAUUGAUCGUCGUGGACAAUGCGCUGAGCAUUGCGAGAUCGCUGCUCACCUGGGCAUAAAACCGUCGGAGGGCGGACAUAAUCGGAGAAGGGACAUAAAAAUGGCGAGGAGGAGGGGACUAGUGGGGGCGACUAUUCCUACAUUGCACUCCAUGGCUGUUGGGAUUACGUAGGGCCUGUCAGCUCGAUUUUGAGAACCGAGCCCCAGCUACGGUAUGCG